AUGCAAGACAAAAGUACCAUAGUCGAUAUACUCGUAGGACUAGAGUCGAAUUUCUCUAGCAUCUGCAAGAUUGGCGGCGCGCCCGGCUUAUCACUGUCUGUCAUAGCCCACGGGAAACAAGUUUACACAAAACAUUUUGGCUUCCGCGAUGUCGAUGUUCAGAAAGUCCCUGAUGGCUCUACGACGUAUUUCAUCGGUUCUUUGACCAAGGCCAUGACAACGGCUACUGCAGGAAUACUUGUCGAGGAGGGCAAACUUGAGUGGUCUACCCGCAUCGCUACCAUUCUCCCCGAGCUUGAAGGAGCAUUCAAUGGCCGCGGCUCUCAGAUCACCAUCGCCGACCUUUUGUCGCACCGCACCGGUGUCGCCAGAGGUGAUGGUUUAUGGUUGCAGCGGGCGGGAAACAUUCUUCUCGAAAAGUCGACAGGUAUACAGACUUGGACAUCUCAGCCUCUUGUCCGCGACUUCAGAACCGACUACCUCUACAGUAACUACGCGUAUGACAUGGUCGGCAGAGCCAUUGAAAAGAUUCAGGGGAAGAGCCUAGGAGCCUGUUUCAAGGAGAAACUCUUCGAUCCACUGGGAAUGACGCGAACAUCGGCCUACGACCUCCCAAACAACGCCAAUGCAGCCAAGGCGUAUUUCCCUCUUCAAGAUGGAUCCCCAUUUGAGGUGCCCAUUCCGACCAUCUCCGACGAAACUCUAAUGGCAGCAGCUGGAUCCGUCCGAAGCUGUACCGAUGACCUCGUCAAGUUCUACAGCAACUUUAUGCAUGCUGCCAACGACCAGCUUGCCAACAACACGGCGUCGACUUCAGGAUCUCCGUUCAAGCAGCUCAAGCACAUCCUUCGUCCUCACAGUCAACUUACUCUUGUAUCUCUUCGUGAGCAAUCAUAUGGCCUUGGAUGGGGUCGGGCUGAGCUACCCGCCGUUCUUGGGGCAUUUAACUACAAUAAGCAUCUGCUUCCUGCCAUGCCUCAAAUCGGUCAAGGGGGCCCAAACCGUCUCACAAUCUAUCAUGGAGGAAGCAUGCAGGGAUUCACGUCUUGUGUUUACCUUUUACCCGAGACUGAGACAGCCAUUAUCGCUUUGCAAAAUUCGACUGGGCUCUGUGAUGCUUGCGACUGGAUUCCUCAGCUGAUCAUCCACGAACUAUCAGGACCCGGACGCAAUAACAUAGAUUUCAAGGAACUGGCCACCAAGGCUGCCAAAACAGGCACAGAGUUGGCGAACAAGAUCAACGAUGAGCUGGAAAAGAGACAAGAGAAAGAUACAAAGCCACUGGAACUCAAAGCCUACAUGGGUAGAUAUUGGAAUCAGCUUCACAACUUUCACAUCGACGUCAGCGUUGACAAUGAUGGGGAUCUACGCAUGACCCUGCAGGGUAUGAAAGACGAAUCAUACAAGCUACGACACUACCACCACAACUCAUUCGUCUGGAACGUGUCGCAUAACGAGACAGCGAAGCAAGGACGCUUCCAGACACGUCCUUGGGUGUCGUAUCUGAUCGAGUUUCAGUGCGGGGAAGGAUGUGCGUGUGAUGGCCUGCGAUGGAAAUAUGACGUCGAGCUUGAGUCACCUGCAUUGUUUUCUCUCGAGGAUGGCUCUCGUUGA